GGAAGAAAGCACAUAUCUAUAGUAAAGCUUGCCUUAGAGAGAGCAUUUCAACAAUGGCUUCAGAGAGAGACCCUAAACCAGGCACCUCCGAACUCCUGUCUAGCGCUAAGCUGGUGGCGGACGCAGCAAAGUCCACAUUCAACAAAGAAAGCGACAAGGUUGACAAGGGUAAGGUUGCUGGUGCAGGUGCUGAUCUUUUGGGUGCCGGCCAACACUAUGGGAAGCUGGAUAAGGACAAGGGUGUUGGCCAAUAUGUCGAAAAGGCUGAGACUUACUUGCAUCAAUACCAGACCAGUCACUCAGCUCCCACCACCAACCCCGACUCCCAUGGAACCGGUGCCGCCGCCAAAGAUUCUGAAACUGCUCCAGCAGGUGGUGGUGGUGUUGGGGAUUACAUGAAGAUGGCUCAAGGUUUCUUAGGCAAAUAAAAUUAUAAUUAAAACUUGUUAGUAUUUAUUUACUUAAGCCUUGCUGUCAAUAUGUAUCUUUCUGUGUAUGUUGCAUGGUCCAUGAGUUGACUCCUAUGCAUUUAUCUGUGUAAUAUGCUGUAAUAAAUUACCUAUUAGUCUGCUAAAUAUAUUGCAGUAAUAAUUAAGUAAAAAUUACCCAGUUGUUUUUUUCCUUUCAA